GGAGGUUGAGAGCUUGUGUCUCCGCCUUCUGCUGAGCGUUUUGCCAUUUUGUCCCGAUUUUUGUCCUCAGACUUCGCAGAUGGAAAACCGACUCGACGGUGAAUUCCGCCCAAAAAGAAAAGUAUUUUUCCAAAGGAUUAUUUGUUAGUUUGAUGGGUACGCAAUUGCUAUGGAGACCAAUUUAUAGAUCAAACGGAUGGAAUCAGUUUCUGCAUUUGAUACAACAUAACUUUGUUCUUUAAAAAAUAACCACGAUGUCGAAAAUAAACUGGCAAAAGGAGGGAACGAUGACUAUAGUUCCACCCCCACCCCAAAAAUUCACCCUGGAUGAAUGGAAACUUAAUAAUAUAUACAGGUAUCGAUGCUCAGAAGCACAACAGGAAUUGGCUGAUCGCUUACUCUCAGAAAGUAAACGCGUUUGCGAACUAGCUGCAGAAAAAGUGAAAACGAAUAGGGAGGAAACUGAUUACCGUUUAGAAGAAAAGCUCCAAGACAUUCAAUUUUUGAAGGAUGAACUUCUUCGAAUUCGAAAGGAAAUUAUUCUUGAAACUGACGCCCUCCUCACUUUUAAAGAGAGACUUAUCAAUUCUUUGAAUGCUGUGAAAAGAAAUGCUUUUGAUAUUUGUAGAAAGUGCCUCAUCGCCAGAGAGCAUCGACUUGGAAUCGACUUAGUACAUGACGUAGCUCAAACGGAAUUGCGCAAAGAAUGUGAAGUAAUAAAGGGGGUAGAAAAUUUGUUAGUUCGAAUAGUCGAACAAACUCAGGAACAGAUUCGAAGACUAAAGUCAACGCUUUAUCACAUGGAUCACGAUCUUGAGGAUAAAGAAAAUAACAUAAGAAUUGAUCAACACAAUCUUAACUUAAAAGAAACCAGUUUAAAUCUUAGUAUUUAUCAUGGCACCUCAGCUCUUAAUCCUUCGACAAUUACUUUAAAUGAAUGGGAAAUGCAAACAAGGAAAAAUAUUCUGGCUGCCGCAAAGGAAAUAAACACAGCAAAGCCUUUGCGCUGUUAUAUCGACACAAUUUUGCGACAAAUUGUGGAUGAUUUAAAUGAUCAAAAAAAUGCAACGAACGAAGCUCUGAGACAACGAAUUGAUGAAACUAGAGAAGUAAAGAUAAAAUUAGAAAAUCAGCAUUCUGAGAUAAUGCGUCAAGCUAAUGAAAUGAGUCGUAAUGUCACAAGCAUUCAAAAAGCGCUCGCAGAAAAGGAAGGAUUUAUGGCUCUCGCUCACACUCGAUUAGGUAAUCGAUCUCAGAGACCUGGCUUAGAAUUUACAAGCGAUCGUGUAGAAACUUCGCUAACAAGAGAACUUGUUGAGUUGCGAGAAAUUGUUGCACAACUCCAACAGAAACUUUUCGAGGCUCAAGAUUGUCUACGUUAUUUACUCAAGACUCAGAUUCAACUAGAGGAAGACAUAAAUAUUAAAACAAAUACUCUAAAAAUAGAUGAAGUUGACUGCAUGAGUCUUCGCCAAGGUUUGGAUUACCACGCCUAUUAAAUUACAAAAAAGAAAAAUCGAACUUCGAUUCUCUUGAUGAAAGAAAGUUUCUUUACUUUAAAAGAAAUGAGUAGAGCCAUUUUUUCAAUUUAUGAAAUUCAAGUUUUUACUCUUUUCGCUUUGAAAUACCAAAAAUUAAACAAUUUUAUAUAAAGAAUCUGUAAGAAUCGUAUAAAGUUAUUUAGUAACACAAUUAUUAUAUUAUUCUCACUAUAGAGAGUUGGUUUCGUUAAACGAAAUCGUUUUGAUACUUAAUGUUUG